UAAUAUAGUUAAAAAAAUCGACCAAGCUCGAACAGGUUGUACAUUCAGCUAGAAAUAUGGUACUUAGCUGUCAGCAAAAGUAACAACUGAUAUUAGUAAUUCAGGCCCAUAAGUAUUUUUUCCUUACAUUACAGUCCCUUAAAUAACAAUCAGUAUUUUAUACUAUUACAAUUAAGUCCCCUAAUUUACCUGUUCCUCUCCAAUUCCGUCCAUGUCCAGUUGAUUUAAGCUUCCAUAAGAUCCUUUCCCGCUGUUAUAUACUUUUACUCAAAACUUUUUGCCCUAAUUUUAGCUCGAAUUGAUUUAUUGAUGAAUUAUUCAGCUCGAUCUUCAUCAAUUUGGGAUCGAAUUUCAUCAAAUUUACCUAAUGGACCUUCUAUGUAAAAGUUAUGGUGGAAUCUCUGAUGAAGAAGAAGACGAAAAUGGUAAAAUUCAACUUACAACAACAACAUUAACAUACCCAGUGAAUUCACAGUGUACGCAGAGCUUAAUGUCUCAUAAAGAAGAUUAUAAUGGAGGAAUUCAGCUUCAAGGACCCGUAUUGCCACAACCGAAACGAGCCAAAUUUGAAAAUUGGAAUCCGAGCACUAAUUCAUAUAAUGGUGGAAUUCAGCUUCAAGUACCCAUAUUGCCACAACCGCAACGAGCCAAAUUUGAGAAUUCGAAUCCGAGCACUAAUUCUCAAACGAAAGAUUCUCUUCCAGGAAGGUAUGUUUCUAAGAGAGAGCGGGCUGCUAUGGUUGCAGUUGAAAAAAUUUCAGAACCUAGCACAAUGGCUUUGCCUAAUCGUUCACCAGGUUUUGCAAAUGGUCCCUUUGCUCUGUUUUUACUGGAAAUGGGAAAUUGUUAUGAGCUUUCCAUUUGGUUGGUGUUGAAAUUUCUUUUAGGGAGCAUUUUGGAUUCAGUUUUGCCACAUGAUAUUUUUUCAGCUUUGAGAGAUCAAACUAAAGUCUACCGGAACAUGAUACACACGCCAGAAAGACUCUCUAUAGUUCUUGAUGGACACAAAAGAUCAGUUAAUGCUGUACAAUGGUCUACAAGUCAUGCUCACCUUCUAGCAUCUGCCGGAAUGGAUCAAACUGUCUGUAUAUGGAAUGUGUGGAGCAGAGAUCAGAAGAAAGCACGCGUACUUAGUUGUCACCAUGGGGCUGUCAAAGAUGUGAAAUGGUCGCCAUAUGGUUUAUUUGUGCUCUCUUGUGGAUAUGACUGCACAUCAAGGUUGAUUGAUGUUGAAAGAGGAAUAGAAACCCAGGUUUUCAAUGAGGAUCAAGUAGUCGGAGUGGUAAAAUUUCAUCCACAUAAUUAUAAUCUCUUCCUCUCUGGAGGUUCGAAAGGUCACCUUAAAAUAUGGGAUAUAAGAGCUGGGAAGGUGGUUCAUAAUUAUUUGAGAAAUCUUGAUCCUAUCCUUGAUGCUGAAUUUGCAGUUGACGCGAAGCGAAUAAUUUCAUCAAGUGAUGUAUCCAAAAGCAAUAUUAGUGAAAAUUCAAUUAUUGUUUGGGAUGUCUCACGGGAAAUCCCUUUAUCUAACCAGGUCUACGGUGAAGCAUAUACAUGUCCAUCGAUAAGAUGCCAUCCUUCUGAUACCAAAUUUAUAGCGCAAUCAAAUGGAAACUACAUAGCAAUUUUCUCUACCAAACCUCCUUUUGGACUUGACAAGUACUGGAGAUAUGAAGGCCAUAGUGUUUCUGGAUUCCCUAUAAAAUGCAAUUUCAGCUUGGAUGGUGAGAAAGUAAUAUCUGGUUCCUCUGAUGGAUACAUUUAUGUUUACGACUCGAAAUCCUGUAAGAUCAUCAGAAAGAUUAAGGUAUAUGAUGAGGCUUGCGUCGACGCUGUAUUUCAUCCUGUCUUAUCUAAUAUUGUUGCUUCAUGUAGUUGGAGUGGACAAGUUUCAGUUGCAGUAACAUAAAUGUUAAAAGCUUUUGUAUCAAGUUUUUGUACAGUGUUUUUGAAGGGAAACUUUGGACCAAGGUAAAGUUGUCUCCAUGGGACUUAUAGGUCA